AUCAAAUAUUUAUAUUUUUUUCAUUUAAUUUUUCUUUUCUUCUUCACAAUUAUUCAGUCUAUUUACUGUUCUGAUCUUCUCUCAGUUCUUCUAUACCACGUUUCAGAUUGCUUUUUGCUGCAUAGUCUAUCGUUAUUCUUGUUUUUCUCCAUAGUUCUUGCUCUAAUAAGAUGCCUUUCCAGUUAUUAAUCUAAGCUCUUUAAAUCAGUUUGAGCAGCUAUUACAAAUCCAUCACUGCUUUUCUCUAUUUUCGUGGCAAAAUCUUAAUUUUGUAAAGUUGUAAAGAUUGGAGUUUCAGCAGUUUAAGGAGUAGAAAAAUUGAAAAAAGGAAGAAGACAAAGGGCUUGUUUUGGUGUAAGGAGAGUUGAGUUUGUUUGUGACGCAAAAGGAAAACAAACAACAAUGUUUAAACAUAUCCAUAGAUGGAGAACACCAUGAUGUUCAUCGGAGAAGAUGAACAGUGACCGACUCGUGUAGCACGUAGACUGCUCCAGCUUCGCAAAUUUGUGAUUUUGGUUGUGGCUUCGUUCUGGUGGGUGAGUAGUUGUUGUUCGGCGUUGUAGUUGGCUUCUCGUCGGAGUUAGCGUCGUUGAACAGGAGAAAACUGAGAGGAUUGUGUUAGUUGUUAGCUGGAAAAAAUGGAUGCCUAUGGAAGACACAGAUCUGAACAGUAAACAAGAAAAUAAUAUUAAAUGAAACAAAUAUAAAUAUUUGGCAGUGAGGUGGCAUCCCACAUGGCGUCCAACUCAGUUAAUUGUUAGUCCACGUGAAAACACCUUGGCCGAUUUGUGUAGUUGUUGGGUUCAAGGUUUGUGCUUGAAUUAGUGGACUGUUUUUGUGUGUUUUUGGUGCAAUCCAAGUUAUUCUUGUAUCAAACUCUAAGGUGGCAAGCACAUACUAUGCAGAGGUGGAUUUCAAGAACCCUGAUGCAUAUGGUUAGUGUUCCAAGAAACCUAUCUGGUCUUUAUAUGGCUAAUUCUUUAGUGCUUCUGAAGUACAAAUUUGAUAUUUUUGUUGCACGACUUUCCUCUGACAUGUGAUUCACUAUCAACAAUAGAAAGAAACUGCCCAACCUUGAAGAGUUGUUCCUUGAGAGGGCAAUCAUCCAGGCAGAAGAAUCGAACAUGGGGAGGAUGAAGUUGACUCUUGACAAAUGGAAAAUUGGAGAGAAAUCCUAUUUUGAAGAUGUAGUAGGUUUACAAAUAUUCCUCCUAGUCUUGGGAAUAUUUAUUCAUUGAAAAUUAUCGAACAUGCACAGAGCCCUCAACUUGAGGAUUCUGCUAUGAAGUUCAAGGAAUAUGCAAAAGAUAUGAGGGGAGGGGAAGGGCUUCAGGUGGCAUACUCUCUUUGCCAUUGUUCAAGAAUAUUUCUCAAACAAGGGCUGAACUUCAAACAGUGAAAAAAUAGCUUACUCUCUUUGUCACUGGUCAACACUAUUUCUCAAACAAGGACUUCUAUUGCUAAACUUCAGACGUAAAAAGAUAGCAUACUCUCUUUGCCAUUGUUCAAGAUUAUUUCUCAAACAAGGGCUGAACUUCAAACAGUGAAAAAGGUACUCUUUGUGCCAGAGAACUCGAAAGGAAAUUUUACUUUUUCACUGACCAGUGAAAAUUACAAUUAUGGAAAGAGGAAGAGAAAAUGAACAAGUGAGAAAGGAAGAGGAAGCAAACAACUCAUCGGUGUCAUUUUCUGCUCUUCGCGAGGAUGUUAUCAAUGUUCUGGAUUUCAUGGAGAGGCUAGAGAAUGAAGAGGAUCAAAAAGCUGUUGAUGUGGAUCUUAUCGAAAAAUUGAAAUUAAAGCUGGCAUUUUUUAGCACAUACGUCCAGCUUUGUUAUUCCGAUUUGGAUCAGUUUGAAUAUAUAAUGACUGCUGUAAGUCGAGAGGUUAAAGAUCUGCUUCGAUCACUUUUAUAUGAUGUUGACACCAACAUCGAGUGUAAAUACAACAUGAAUCAUGCCCUUCCUUACCUUGCCAAAAAUAUGGAUGACUGUAUCAGCUCAUGUCAUCAUUCUAAAUCAAGUGCUACGAUGACUGACAAGCAGUUGAACUUCCUCCUCCAGAAUCUCCAUUAUCUAUCCAUGUCUCUUGCUGAACAGAUUUAUCCAUUGGUGACUCAGUAUGAGAUUCUUCAGAAAGUGUGUGGCAACAUAAGAGAUUUCCAUGGGUUGAUUUUGAAUGGUUAUGUUGAGCGCGAGAUUGUCAAAUAUAUCUUACCUCAACUUCAACAUAUGGCUGAAAAAGUUGGAAUCUUCCUUUGGGAUGAUCUAACUAAUGAAGACUCUAAAGUCUUCAAGCUAGCUCAUCUACUCAUGAAGAUUAUUCCAAUUGAACUGGAGGUGAUGCAAAUAUGUUAUACAAAUUUCAAAGCUUCUACUUCAGAAGAAGUUGGACGCUUCAUUAAGCAUCUCCUGGAAAUCUCUCCGGACAUUCUUAGAGAAUAUCUGAUUCAUCUACAAGAGCACAUGGUAAAUGUCAUUACAGCUAGCAUUUUAGGGGCUCGAAAUAUUCAUGUCAUGAUAGAGUUCCUAUUAAUUAUUCUUACGGAUGUGCCCAAGGACUUUAUUCAUACUGACAAAUUAUUUGAUCUUUUGGCACGUGUUGGAGCACUUAUCUGGGAGGUAUCAACUCUUGUUCGUGACUUAGAAGAUAAAUCAAGGAAUAAAGAGAGUACCAAUGGAACAAAUCUUGCAACUCUAAACUUGAUGGAAAAUAUUGAACUCCUCAAGGAAGAUCUAGAACAAGUGUAUCUGAAAGCCAGAGACUCAUCUCAAUGUUGCUUCCCCUUGAGCGAUGGACCCCUCUUCAUGCAUCUGCUACACAUACACUUACAUGAUUUGCUAGAUUCCAAUGCUUAUUCAACUGCUUUGAUAAAGGAAGAAAUUGAGUUGGUGAAAGAAGACCUAAAAUUCAUAAGAACAUUCUUCAUGAAUGUUGAGCAAAGAUUGUAAAAAGACCUAUGGGCACGUGUUUUAGAUGUGGCGUAUGAAGCAAAAGAUGCCAUUGAUUCAAUUAUUGUUCGAGAUAAUGGUCUCUUACAUCUUAUUUUCGCACUUCCCAUUGCUAUAAAACAGAUUAAGCUUAUCAAAGAUGAAAUCACCAAUUUAUCAGAGAAGAUUCCCACGAACAGGAGCCUCAUUGUAAACUCUACCAAGAAGACAGUUGAAAACAAGUCAUUGACAGCUGGUAAAAUAAUUGUAGGUUUUGAGGAGGAGACAAACUUGUUAAUUAGUAAGCUCACCAGUGGAACGAAAGAUCUAGAUGUCAUCAUUAUCACUGGUAUGCCGGGUUCGGGCAAAACUACUUUGGCGUAUAAAGUAUACAAUGAUGAAUCAGUUUGUAGUCAUUUCGACCUUCGUGCAUGGUGCACAGUCGAUCAAGAAUAUGGAGAGAAGAAGUUAUUGAUGAAACUUCUUAAUCAAAUUAUUGGUUCGGAUUUGAAGUUCGGCGAGGAAAUUGAUGUUGCCGAUAAACUGCGGAAACAGUUGUAUGGAAAGAGGUACCUAAUUGUGUUAGAUGACGUGUGGGAUAUUGACACAUGGGAUGACCUAACAAGACCUUUCCCUGAAGUUGAGAAAGGAAGUAGAAUUAUUUUGACGACUCGACAAAAGGAAGUGGCUUUUCAUGCAAAGGCAAACACUGAUUCUCUUAACCUUCGAUUGCUAAGACCGGAAGAAAGUUGGCAGUUGAUAGAGAAAAGGGCAUUUGGAAAAGAGAGUUGCCCUGAUGAACUAUUGGAUGUUGGAAAAGAAAUAGUCCAAAAUUGUAAGGGACUUCCUUUGGUGGCUGAUCUGAUUGCUGGAGUCAUUGCAGGGAGGGAAAAGACAAAGUCUGUGUGGCUUGAAGUUCGAAAUAAUUUGAAGUCCUUUAUUUUGAACAGUGAAGUUGAUGUGAUCAAGGUUGUAGAAUUAAGUUAUGAACAUUUGCCUCAUCACGUGAAGCCAUGUUUUCUCUUCCUUGCACGUUGUCUGAAGGACACAGCAGUGGACAGAGAUGUGUUGAAAAUGUUUUGGCGUGCUGAAGGGCUUGUUGAACAGACAGAGAUGAUGAGUGUGGAAGAAGUGAUGGAAAUUUAUAUGGAUAAUUUAAUUUCCAGUAGCUUGGUAAUUGCUUUCAAUGAGAUAGGUAAUGUCCCGACUUGCCAACUUCAUGAUCUUGUGCACGACUUUUGUUUCAUAAAAGCAAGACAGGAAAAGUUGUUUGGCUGGAUAAGUUCAAGUGAUCCAUCUUCUUCUUCAUAUUUGAUGCCACGUACAGUGGACAUUUUUUAUGAUAAGGAGCACUUUGAGCUUAACAAUUUUGUCCUGUUUUGUUCAAAAAAGAAACGGCAUUCUGGUAGACACCUAUAUUCUUUGCGGGUAACUGGAGACAAGAUGCAAGAUUGUCUUUCAGAUGCAUGGCACCUAAGAGACUUGAGGCUUCUUAGAGUUUUGAACCUGGAUCCCUCUUUUAUGAUGGUGAAAGAUUCUUUUCUGAAUGUGAUGUUGAAUCAUUUGAGGUACUUAUUCAUUGGGACAGAAGUUAAAUCUCUUCCUUCGUCUUUCUCAAACCUCUGGAAUUGGAAAGGAUCAACCUUGAUACUAUUACCGAGAAUUUGGGAUCUUGUAAAGUUGCGAGUGCUGUCCAUUGAUGCUUGUUCUUUCUUUGACCUGGAUACCAAUGUAUCAAUUCUAAUAGCAGAGGACUCAAAGUUAGAGAACUUGAGAGAAUUAGGGAUGCUCGUGCUUUCCUAUUCGAAAGACACAGACGAUAUUUUCAAAAGGUUUCCCAAUCUUCAGAGGCUUGUAUUUGAUCUCAAGGAAUCAUGGGAUUAUUCAACAGAGCGAUAUUGGUUCCCAGAAUUGGAUUUUCUUCAUGAACUAGAAUACCUCAGAGUAGAUUUUAAAAGUUCAAACACAAAUGAUAGUGGGUCAUCUGUAGUGACAAAUUGGUCAUGGGAUUUUCACUUCCCUUCCAAGUUGAAAACAUUGGUGUUGUGUGACUUUCCUCUGGCAUCCGUCUUACUAUCAACAAUAGCGAGACUGUCCAACCUUGAAGAGUUGUUCAUUAUUAGAACAAUCAUCAAGGGGGGAGAAUGGAACAUGAGGGAGGAAGACACCUUUGAGAAUCUCAAAUUUUUGAAGUUGGAUAAAGUGACUCUUGCUAAGUGGGAGGUUGGAGAGAAAUCCUUUCCUGUGCUUGAGAAAAUAGUACUGAGGGAAUGUCGUGAGCUUGAGGAGAUUCCAUCUAGUUUCGGGGAUAUUUAUCCAUUGAAAAUUAUCAAACUUGUAGCGAGCCCUCAACUUAAAGAUUCCGCUCAGAAGAUUAAGGAAUAUGUUGAAGAGACGACGGGAGAAGACAAGGUUCAGAUCCUUGUCCCGAAUAAUAUCCCAUUGUUUAAGUAGCUUGAAGAAUUAUGUGUGGAAAGUCUCGAGCACCACCAUAACAGGGUGGUGGAAUUCACACACUCAAAGAAUCAGCCACCGAUUUGCAUUUGGAGUAGAGAGGCCGAUACCGUACAACAUUUGGCCUCGUGUGCAAUAACUGAACGUAGCUAUCGGCCUCCUUCAUUUGUGAGCACACUUUGCAUGUUCCUUGCUCAAGAAUCUUCAAGGCCUCAAUUAUCGUCUCUCACAAUUUGAUGCCAACGUUGACGCCACAAGCUAUUAAUUGUAUUGAAUUUGUCCAGGGUAAUGGAGGUGCUAAGAAUAUCAACUUCCUGUGGUAUGAUACAAGCCGAGCUUCAUCCAAGUUUACAGACGAAGACGAGAUAAGGAGUUGGUAGACUUGUCAUCAAAUCACUACGUUGGAGGCUUGGUGGGUCUUUGGAGGAAGGCAUGAAGCUCGAGAAUGUGCGUGCUUGGAAGGAGCUCCCGGGAGAGCUACCAUGUUUGGAUGAUAGCUUGGAGCAUGCGUGAUACUAGUAUGAAUAGCACAGACUUGUUAAGACCACUCACGCGAAGCCAAGCCCAAGAUCUCAAAAACAAAGACCUUACUGUCCACUUUGCGAUGGUACUACCCAUUUUGGUGAUGGUGGUUACCACUUUUCGAUGGUGCUGCUCCUUUGGCGAUGGUAGAAGCACUUGAGCGAUGGGCAUGGUCACUUUGGCGAUGGGAGGUCUCCAAGAUAGCCCUUUGUGCUAUGUUUUAAAUAAAUGCUAUGUUUUUAAAAGGCAAACCAUAAAUAGAUGCCUUAGUCAUUUUAUUAUGAAUAUUAUCUCUUGUGGGAGAUUUGAAAGCUUGGUUAAGUUUUUUCUUGAACUUUGUUUAGAAACGUGGGUUGCAAGGAGUUUCAAUCAUCCUUGAGAUCUUAGCAAUAACAUACUUACACAUGCCUCUGGUUUGUCAAUAAGUAUCAUGUGUAUGUUAUUGCUCAAUAAAUGAACAUCUUAAACUUUUGUUUU